UCCACUCACUAGCGUUGAGUCGUGAGUUACCGGACACCCUAGAGGGAGAACGUACUCUUGCAGUUAGUUCGAAAGUUUUGUGACAGUGAAGUCUGAAGCUAGCUACGUUAAGAAAGACUGACCAAAAGAAGCCAAAUAAAACUAAUUUUCACGAAUAGCCAAGUAAACUGUUACGAUUAAUAGAAUAACUAGAAUUUGGGAAACUUGCUUUAUAAGUAUAUAUUGAAAAAUUACAUUUAAAAAGAAAUUACGAAACAACUUUCCACUAAAGAACCAUCACUCCUUCUUAAUUGCAGUGUACUUACUUAUUAGUAUUGUAAUAAGAAAGUAAUUGCACAAUAACGUAUUUAUUAUUUAUAAUAUUGUUUGUGAUUUCUAAAAGUGCAGAGAUUUGACACCAAAGUCUGAUUCUUGUCAUCAUCAUGGCUAUGAUCAUAAAUCAACUCACAACAUGGUAUACAUAUAUAUUUCAUGAUUUAGUGGAUCCACGUACCAAAGAUCUACCUUUAAUAAGUACGCCAUGGUUCGGUCUUGCUUUGAUUGGACUUUAUCUAUAUUUUAUAUUUUCCUUUGGACCAAAAUUUAUGAAAAAAAGGCAACCUUUCAAAUUGGAUAGAAUAUUGCAGAUAUAUAAUAUUUUACAAAUUAUGAUAUCUCUUUUCAUAUUUGCUGAAGCAGUAAGAAUAUGGUUUUUUACCCAUUAUAGUUUUAUAUGUCAACCAGUUGAUUACUCAAACACACCAGAGGCCAUAAGGAUAACUAGAGAUGUCUGGCUGUAUUUUAUGAACAAAUUGUUCGAUUUAUUGGACACAGUUUUUUUCGUAUUAAAGAAAAAGCAGAAUCAAAUGAGCUUUCUUCACAUAUAUCAUCAUGUUGGAAUAGUGAUCUGUGCUUGGUUUACUGUUAAGUAUUUGCCUGGUGGUCAUGGUACUUUCUUAGGAUUGGUAAAUACAUUUGUUCACGCAAUAAUGUACUUGUACUAUUUGCUAUCAUCCAUGAAGAUAAACAUAAACUACUGGAAAAAGUACAUAACUCAAAUGCAAAUAAUUCAAUUUUUCAUAAUUGCGGUACACUUCGCUAAAUUACUAUGGGUUGAUUGUGGCUAUCCACAAUGGACGGCAUUCGUAAUGAUACCACAAAAUAUCUUCAUGAUAGUAUUAUUCAGCGAUUUUUAUUAUAAAAUAUACAUUAAGAAAAAGCCGAUAAAAAAAGUAAUACCAACAAAAAGUGAUGUAAAUGACAUUACUGCUGACAUUGUGAACAAAAAAUCGAAGGACCAAUAAAUUUAAAACAUUACAUGUCUUA